GUAAUCAUCAUCUUCACGCGAGGAGGUAUUACCUAUUAUAGAAAUUAGUUCACUGAUGAUAGUUGGUUGUUGGACUUAGUUAGUUGAACAUGCAUCAUCACAUGGUCUUCGUCAAAUUGAUCGGAUUCAUUGUUCUGUUCCUAAAUGCAUCAGUGUCCUCAGUAUCUUGUGCCAAUAUCCUUAUCACUGAAGAUUUAGCCUCUCCGAGUCAUCAAAUAUGGAACUAUGCCAUCGCCGAUGCCUUAGUAGCCAGGGGCCACAAUGUAACAGUUAUUGGACCUAAGACGAUAUCAAGAGAGAAUAGAAAGUUUCACUUCAUUCUAUUGGAAGGACUCACUGAGGCGACUACAGGAUCAGGUUUCUAUCUUCCUGAUACGCUGUCACACCUCUCAGCACUGCGAAAUAUCCAGUUAUACAAUGCAGUAUCUCUUCUGUCUUGCAAUUAUACCCUCCACACAAAAGGGCUGCAGACGCUGAUCAAUUAUCCUGAAGAUUUCAAAUUUGAUCUAAUUAUAUUAGACCUUACUAUAUCGCCUUGCCUCCUACCGUUAAUCGAAAGAUUUAAAACACCUCCUGCCGUGGUGAUAUCUGCUCUAAUUCUACCACCUUCCUUGUCGGAAACAUUUGGGAACAGCUUUCCAGUAUCAUAUGUACCAUAUAUAAUGCUCCGGAACUCAGCCAGAAUGGAUUUUUCGGAGAGGCUACAUAAUUUUAUCUUCUCCAGAAUUGAUCUUUAUUGGAGAGCUUAUUACUCGUUUCCUAUCAUGGAACAGAUGUCAAAAUCGGUAUUCGGAGAGAACACGCAAAGUUUGGAUGCUCUGGUCAAGAAAGCAACGUUUCUUUUAUGUAACUUGAGCCCAGGAUUUCACUAUUCACAACCGCUGACUCCUAAUAUCAUUCCUGUGGGUGGACUGCACAUCGAUACUAAGAAAAAACUUCCUCGGGAUUUACAAGAUAUAAUGGACUCUGCAAAAAACGGGGUCAUAUUAUUUUCCUUAGGAACAAACGUAAAAUCCGUUGACAUGAGCCUAGAAAAAAUAAACAACAUUCUGAAGGCUUUUAGUAAGGUGAAUCAAACAGUCUUAUGGAAAUUCGAAUCUGAUUUAACAAAUCUUCCCAAAAACGUGAUCAUCAGGAAAUGGAUACCGCAGACUGAAAUACUCGCUCACCCAAAUUUGAAGUUAUUCAUUACCCACGGAGGUGGUUUGAGUACAAUUGAGGCGGCAUUUUAUGGAAUACCGAUGGUGGGUAUCCCAUUUUUCGCAGACCAAUAUUCUAAUAUGGAACUGGUGGAAACUAGAGAAAUAGGAGUUACCAUGCAAUAUGAUACUUUGACUUCAGAGAGUUUACUAGAAGCAAUCAACAACGUUUUGACAAACCCAAAGUAUCUCAAGAAUGCGAAAAGAAUAUCUUCAUUAAUGAGGGAUCAACCACAAACUUCAAUGGAACGAGCAUUAUUUUGGAUUGAAUUCGCCAUGCGAAAUAACGGCACCAACAUUUAUGAUCCUCAGUCAAGGCACAUAUCGGAUUUCAUUUCGUCUUCAUUUGACAUUUACCUAUUUUUGUUAUUGAUUUUUUGCUUAUUUGCGUACUUUAUUGUAUUAAAAAUAGUAUUGGUCUUGUGGAGACUUGUGAAUUGGAAGCAGAAAAAAGUUAAAAUGAAUUGAAAAUUAUCAGUCAUUUACACAUCCAUUCAUGAUAUUGAUAUUGAAACAUUGAUCAUCAAUAAAUUCGAGCUCGA